AUCGCACUGUCCAACAUUACAUUAUCUCAUAUUUUAUAUUACUAACAGUGAAACAUGAGAUCUGCUGCAUUAACAACUGUCAUCGCCAUUUUGGCGGUAAAUGUUUCCUUAGUCCUCGGUUGGGGAUACAGAGCCUCUGACCAGAGGCGCUGGGCUGUCCUCCACCCCGCCUGCGGAGGUCGCCAACAGUCCCCCAUCGCCAUAGCUGCCCGCCAAGCCAUCCCCAUUUCAAUCCCCGCUAUGGAACUCAUCGGCUACCAGAACCCACUGCCUGGGCCUCUUACGAUCACCAAUAAUGGACAUUCAGUGGCGUUAACCAUCCCCAAAUACAGUUCCGAAGAAGAAAAGAAAGGCUUCCGUCUCCCUUACAUCUUCGGCGGUCCCCUGGACAAUGAGUACGAGAUUGAAGGUCUCCACUUCCACUGGGGAGACAAGAACAACCGAGGCUCUGAACAUACCCUCAACGAUAUGCGCUUGCCUUUGGAAAUGCAUAUCAUCCACAGAAACAAGAAGUACAGGAAUCUGGCUGAGGCUCUCCAGCACCCUGAUGGUCUUUGCGUGCUUGCGUUCUUCUACCAGGUCGUAGAAUUCGACGCCAAGCUCCUGACCCCCAUCGUGAAGAACCUGUCAGCCAUCGAGAACUACAACACAUCCAUGCAACUCCCACACACCUUCUCCCUCUCUUCCAUCCUCUCAGGUUUAGACACUGAGCGCUUCUACACCUACAAGGGUUCCCUCACCACCCCUCCUUGCGCCGAGGCCGUCACGUGGGUCGUAUUCUCUGACUACCUUCCAAUCUCCGUGUUCCAGAUGGACAACUUCCGCGGCCUCCUGUCCAACCUGAACCUGCCUCUCGUGGACAACUUCAGACAGCUCCAACCGCUAUUCGGCCGGCGCAUAUUCGUCCGCAUAACGUCGAAGAACCCCAAAUUCAAGAAGACCAAGCUUCACUACUCCAAAUGGGACUGGGUUGGACAUAAGAAGGCCGAAAAUGACGUAGCUGAAUUCGACGAAUAAAUCACCAAAGCUUUAAGAUCUGCUUCAAUUCUUAACUAAUCAUCACCGACGUUUUCAAUACGGGUAUAUAGCUCAUUUAAAUUGAUACCAAAUAAGGUAUUUGUUACCAUUUUGUUUUUAUUUUAUUUGAUAUAAAUAUGGUUGUGUGCACUGUACUUUUUAAUUGUAUAUUUGUGUGAAUAGAAGUAUUAUAGGAUAAGCUUGUUAAUAAUCUUUAAAAAUAAACUUUUGAAACUUA